AUGGCAGAGGGAGACGACAAGAAAGAAGAUGAGUUCUUGGCGAAGCUAGCUGAUGCUGAAACACCAUUGUAUCCAAGUUGUGCAAACCAUAGCAAGUUAUCUGCUAUUGUAUCAUUAUUUAGAUUGAAGACUAAGAAUGGUUGGUCUGACAAGAGCUUCAAUGAUCUGCUAGAGACAUUGCCGGAGAUGUUACCAGAGGAGAAUGUGCUACACACUUCACUGUAUGAGGUUAAAAAAAAUUUGAAGUCAUUUGAUAUGGGUUACGAGAAGAUUCAUGCAUGUGUCAACGACUGCUGCCUAUUCAGAAAGAGGUUGAAGAAGCUUGAUCACUGUCCUAAAUGCAAGGCUUCAAGAUGGAAGACUAAUGUCCACACUAAUGAAACGAAGAAAGGAGUCCCGCAGAAAGUGUUAAGGUACUUUCCAAUAAUCCCAAGACUGAAGAGAAUGUACCGGUCUGAGGUAAUGGCCAAGGAUUUACAGUGGCACUUCAGCAACAAAAGCACUGAUGGAAAACUUCGACACCCCGUUGAUUCAGUCACAUGGGAUGAGAUGAAUGCCAAAUACUCUACCUUUGCCGCUGAAGAAAGGAACAUGGGGCUUGGACUUUCAGAAGAUGGAUUUAAUCCAUUCAAUAUGAAGAAUACGAUGUACAGUUGCUGGCCAGUUUUGUUAGUCAACUACAACUUGCCACAUGAUUUAUGCAUGAAGAAGGAGAACAUCAUGCUUUCAUUGUUGAUUCCUGGUCCACAACAGCCUGGUAAUAGUAUAGAUGUGUACUUAGAACCCCUCAUCGAGGAUCUAAACCAUAUGUGGAGCAUUGGAGAGUUAGUGUACGACGCAGUGACUCGAUCAACGUUUACUCUGAAGGCGAUGCUGCUUUGGACGAUCAGUGAUUUCCCAGCUUAUGGGAAUCUUGCAGGCUGCAAAGUAAAAGGAAGAAUGGGGUGUCCUUUAUGUGGGAAGAAUACUGAUAGUAUGUGGUUAAAGUUUAGAAGAAAGCAUGUGUACAUGUGCCACAUAAAGGGUCUGCCACCAGUUUGUAGAUUUCGUGGAAAGAAGAAGUGGUUCGAUGGAAACGCUGAACAAGGGAGAAGGGGAAGGACUUUAACCGGGCUUGAAAUAUCUCAAAACCUAAGAAAUUUCAAGAAUGAGUUUGGAAAUGUUAAACGAUCUGGAAGUAAGAGGAAAAGGGUGGUCUGUACAGAUAUAAGAUCUGAUACUGACGGUUUAUCCAGUGAAUCAGAGGAAGAGGAAGAGGAAUAUGAAGAAGUCAAAGUAGAUGAGGAUGAGUUAUCUAGAUGGAAGAAGAGAUCAAUCUUUUUCAAACUACCUUAUUGGGCGGAACUCCCGGUGAAGCACAACUUAGAUGUAAUGCAUGCUGAGAGAAAUGUCUCAGCUAGAUUAGUUUCGACACUGUUGCACUGUGGAAAAUCGAAGGACGGUCUUCCUGAUCGUAAAGAUCUGGAGGAUCUUGGGUUGUUACCUAAAGGACCUAGGCUAGCAAUUACAAGGCUAUGCGCAUUCUUCAAUUUGUUGUGUCAGAGAGUGAUCGACAGGGAGCAGCUUUUGGUCAUGGAAGCGGAGAUUGUGGAGACUCUCUGCUUGUUCGAAAGAUAUUUUCCUCCAAGUUUCUUCGAUAUCAUGGUCCAUUUGACUGUGCAUCUAGGAAGGGAAGCCCGACUUGUUGGACCAGUCCAUUUUAGAUGGAUGUACCCAUUUGAGAGGUACAUGAAAGUACUCAAAAACUUUGUCAGAAAUACUGCAAGACCAUAG